UCAGCACUAGCAGAAAUAGAAAAUUUGACAAGAAGUGCAUACAAUGCAAAGUAAAUAAUUAAAGUGCCCCAUUAAGUGACCGAUAUCGCGAGGCCCCGAGCUUACGCGUUGCAUAAACUAUCCUCGAAGAGUGCGCGCGGUGCGACAAUUAUCGUGGAAAUUGCAAAAGUUUUGGCAGCGGCGAGUCUCCCAAAUAACAGCGGCCCAACAGCGAGUCUAAAGUAGCACAGUAGCGAGUGCCUGGCCAAUGUGGUGCAGCCCCCCGUCCUCCGCCGCCCGCGCCGAUACAAACGUCGCCGUCGCCUUCGUCUCCUCCCGCUAACGCGCAAAAUAUACGCGACUAGUUGUAGUUGUUGGCAGCCUUUGUGAGCAGUAGUAACGGCAGAAACGGGGCGAAAAAGCGAGCAAUUCGAAGGGACGGGCAGUGAAAAGCCAAUUAGCAGUGCCCGGGAAGCUGGCCCGUGUCCAGGCGCGGAUCCCAGCCAGCGCUCGUUGACUGCGGCUGUGGUGCAGCAGCAGCUGCUGCCACCUAACGAUAUUCCGCCGCCGUUGUUGUGGUUGUUGUUGUGCCUUUGCACCCACCACACGUAACUAGAGCACACACACACACACACUUGCACAGCUACACACGGAAACACGCACUCUCGGGCUCACAGAGCAGGGAAAACGGCGAUCCACAGCGAGGCGCGAAGUAGAUGCAGGAUCACACACGGACCUGGGAUCGCAAGCUGAAACACUGGAAAACUGGAAAUGAUUUGCAAACAGGACGUCCUGCUGUGGUUUGAGAAACUCGAGAGCUACAAUCGCAUCGAAACGAUGUACGCUCUGCUCACCGCCUGCCUGCCGUUCGAGCUGCGCUUCCUGGGGACGCUGCUGGAGGAGCAGGGCAGGUGCGACUCGGAAACGCUGCGCGGGAUGGAGCUGCGGGCGAACAAUCCGCAUGAGCUAGCGGCGGAUAUGCUCACCUGUCAGAAAGGCGACCCCACCGACCGCAAGAUCCGGCGCAAGAUGGCUCUUUACCUGGCCCUAAUCCGUGCCUGUAACCGCAAUUGCGUGAGCGAGAUCUUCCGUACUCUGGAGUGCUGGGGCGAGUGCGACUUCAGCUGCAUCAAUGACCAGGACACGCUGCUAGAGCUGCUGCUGGUCUAUACCAUGGCGGCCAUCCACCCCGUUUUCUCCAUGGACGAGCAGAAGAAGAUCUUUGCCAUACUGGCCAAGAUCAAAGAGAACAAGCUGGUGAUGGAGAGGUUUUUGCCACAGGCGCAAAUGGAGGCACAGCAGUCGCAGACGCCACCAGUGCCGUCGCACCCGCUACCGCCAUCCCCCCACGAUAUGAUUCUUCAGCAGCAGCAGCAGCAACAGCAUGUGAUCCACCAGAUGCAGGCGCAACAGCCGCCACCGCAUCCGCAGCACCCGCAGAUGGUGCAGGUGCUGCAGGGUAAUAUACCCAUGAUAUUUCCCCAGCACUUUUCCAAGCUCCUGCCCAGCUCUGACGGCACGCACCAGAUCAGUGUGGAGGGCAUGCCGCACCUGAUGCAAUCGAACAUCACCAUUCCAGCGGACACCAGUGCCAUUGUCGGCCACCAGAACACGGGGUGGACGAUGCGUCACUACCCUCCACCACCGCCCCACCAAGUGCCCGCUCCGCAGCAGCAGUCGCAGAGCGUGGACCAUCAAGUGCCACCAGCCAGCUCGCCUAUGCUGAGCCAGCAGUCCUCACCGUCAAGCAGCCGCACAACAAGUCCCCAGCGGGACCGCUCCCUCAUCAAUGUUCCCUUGCAGGCGCAACAGCAGCAGCAACAGCAACCACAUCAGCAGCAGAUGAGGAGUAUGUCGCAACGAUUGGUGGGGCAGAAGAAUGCUCGACGUCCUUCGGUGGAGACAACGCCGCCGCCCUCCUCCGUGGGCGGCGAUCAGCAACACGAUAAUAUCAGCGAAGGUGUCAGCAGCAAUUCCAGUGGCACCAGCCUGCACAGUCUCAUACGCAACGGUUUCCCGCGGCCAGGACACCAUCGGGUAAAGGCAAACACCUUCAUACCCCAUCACCAACAGCAGCAACAGCAGCAGCCGCACUUUCAGAACACCAACUACAACAUGAACGUAAUGAUGCAGAGUAUGAAUAUAAACGACGACGGAAGCGGAUCGAUGAUGGGUAUCAACUCUGCGAAAAGUACGGCCACCACGGGCAGUGAGUCUGGGAGUUCGAAUGGAUCCUGCGGAGACCUGUCACCCUCGGAAACGCCGACGCCAACUGCGCAAUUAUCACUGCCGCUGCACAGUACGGUGGAUACGGGAAUGGGCAUGAUCACCACGGUAGUUCCCAGUAACCUGGGCAGCUACCAGCAGAAGCAGCAUCACCUCAGCUACAAGCAGCAACAGCAGCAAAUGAACCUGCAGCAGCGGCUAAACGGACGAAAUGGUAUGGAUAAGAACUACCAGCAAAUCUACACAACAGGCACGCCCAGCGUUGUCAGCGAUGCGCAAACCAUCAGCAGCGGCAGCUUGCAGCAACAACAGCAGCAGCAGGCGUUACUUAUCAGUCCGUCGCCGGUGAGCACGCCCACAACAACAGUCCUUUUGCAGCCUCAACCGCCACCGCCCGCAGCCUACAAUGCCAGCUAUCCAUAUCACCAGCGUGGACCACCGCCGCCACAGCAGACAAUUUUCCAGGCGCAUGGCGCACCGCAGACAGUGCGCGGUGGUUUCCGCUAUCCAAUGGGGCCGCCGCACAACGGUGAACUCAUCUACCCGGCCUUCCACUUCCUGCCGGUACAGCCGGGCGGCACACCCACCGCGGUGACACCGCCCCAGCUGCAGAGCACGGCGGCUGUGGUGAGCACGAACGCGGUUACGGUGCAGACAGUUCCAGCGCCCCAGCAGCAGCCGCAACAGGUUCCCAGUACGACGCCGUAUAGUGCGUUGACCGUUUGUCCCAUAACGGGAGCAGGUGGUGGUGGAAACAAUGGCCAGAAGGUGAUCUCCUGCUACAACUGUGGAUCGCAGACGCACAGUGGUCGGGACUGCCAGGAGGCGUCCAUGGAGGAUGUGACGCGGAGUGCCAGCUACAAGCUGGACUACUCGGAGACGAGCAUGGAUACGAAUUCCACGGGUGACCACCACAAGGAUUUGGGCGGCAUGCAAAUCAGUGCGACGACGACAACGGCGGCGGGCACUGUGGCCAGUACGGGGAAAUAAUACGGAGGGCCCGUACAUUCGCGGACGUAUAUGGACAUAUAAUUACUGCUAUAAUAUUAAUGAUUAUGCAUAAUCCUUACCUA